CAGUUGGACUACAAAUCCCAAAAAGCUCAGUUAAAAAAAAGAAAACUAGAACUUCCUUUUGUACAAGGGUCGGUAAAUAUAACAAAGCUGUUUGAGAUCUCUUGGUCAGCACCAUGAGGCGUCUGGAUGGGAAGAUCAUCCUGUUGUCUGCGGCAGCACAGGGCAUUGGCCGAGCAGCUGCUAUUGUUUGGUACUGUUUGUACCUUUUAUCCAGUAUCUCUGUUGCUUUGUUCUGGGAGAAAAUAGAGAUGAUCGAGGGAAUAUUUCCUGGUCUAAGGCUGGAUACUGUGGGGAUCCCCUACAGUAAAACCAAGGCUUUUGCUAAAGAAGGAGCCAAAGUCAUUGCUACAGACAUCAAUGAGUCUAAACUGCAAGAACUGGGGAAAUAUCCAGGCAUUCAAAUACGGGUUCUGGAUGUCACCAAAAGGGAGCAAAUAGAAAAUCUGGCCAAGGAGAUUGAAAAGAUUGAUGUCCUCUGUAACAUUGCAGGGUUUGUUCAUCAUGGAACCAUUCUGGAGUGUGAGGAGCAAGACUGGGACUUCACAAUGAACCUCAAUGUUCGCAGCAUGUACCUAAUGAUCAAGACGUUCCUUCCAAAGAUGCUUAAACAGAAAUCUGGAAAUAUUAUUAAUAUGUCUUCUGUGGCAUCCAGCAUCAAAGGAGUUGUGAAUAGAUGUGUCUACAGUACUUCAAAGGCAGCAGUUAUUGGGCUAACUAAGGCUGUGGCUGCUGAUUUCAUUGAACAAGGCAUCAGAUGCAACUGCAUAUGUCCUGGAACUGUUGACACACCAUCUUUACAGGAAAGAAUCCAAGCCCGGCCUAACCCAGAACAGGCAUUGAAAGACUUUCUAGCCAGACAGAAAACUGGAAGGAUGGCUACUGCUGAAGAAGUGGCUCAUCUCUUUGUGUACUUGGCCUCUGAUGAAGAGGUAGAAUUAGUAGAGCUGCUGGAUAUUUUAGCUAAUGCUCAGGGUGAUUCUGCCAUUCCAGCAUAA